AUGUCCGAUAGUGAUUCAGAUAUGGUUGAGGAAGUUUCAUUUUCCACAGCCAAAAAAAACAUUAUUUCAGGCUAAAAGUAACUAAAGUAAGCAACCUUAGCAGUCGCUCCCAAGAAAAAGAGAGUAAGAAGAAGAAAUGAGUUGAGUGAUGAUGACGAAAAUGAUAAAAAGCAAUUAAAAGGUACAAAUAAAUAGUAACAGAGUGAGAAAUAGCUUAAUAAUAAAUCUACUAAUAGCCAGCCCUAAUCCUUAAAUGCAAAAGUAGACCAAAACCUACUUAAUUUGAUUAAUGAAGAACUGCCUACUAAAAAAAUUAAAUAAAUUGAAGGCAAAUUCAAAGUUGUUGAGCGCUCUGAAAAUAAGAUUGAUAAAAUUGAACCUAAGAAAUUAACAAUUCAAUCUGAAGUAUAUACUGCCAAAAAGGACUUAGGCCAAGGAAUUAAAGUUGUAUUUUAAAAGUCAGUCAAGCAAUAAACUGCUGUAAAUAGUUCUGCCACUAAUUUCUUAUAAAACCGUCUGAAUUUAUCUAGUGCAAAAAGAUAGCCUAUAUCAAGAAUUAUUGGAACAAAGUGA